AUGUGUGUGGACCAAUCAAGCAUAGCAACGGCAUGUCUAUCAUGGGCCAUGUUUGUUUUAUUUGGCCUUGCGGUGCCUGCAAUAUCACAUUUCGUGUUGGCUUGUUCCAGUUGUGACAGCAACCAUGAAAGGCCUUAUGAUAGUGUCGUGCAAUUGUCAUUGAGUAGCGUUGCCACGCUCUCCUUUGUUUGUUUAUCCAGAUUUGUUCGAAAAUAUGGCCUAAGGAGGUUCUUGUUCUUUGAUAAGCUUUGCGAUGAGAGCGAGACUGUUAGAAGAGGCUACACCAAGCAGCUCAAUAGUUCAUUGAAGCUUCUGUUGAUCUUUGUCCUUCCAUGCUUUGUAGCAGAAUGUGCAUACAAGAUAUGGUGGUAUGCAUCUGGCGCUUCACAAAUCCCAUUCUUGGGCAAUGUGGUCCUUAGUGACACUGUGGCAUGCAUAAUGGAGUUGUGCUCUUGGCUUUAUCGUACAAUAAUCCUACGGCUCCAGGACUUUGCUCAAGUCUUCCAAGUGGAUUCUGAUGUGGGUUCUGUAUUGUCGGAGCACCUCAGGAUCAGAAGGCAUUUGAGAAUCAUCAGCCAUCGCUACCGUGCAUUUGUUUUAUGCUCUUUGAUUUUGGUCACUGGGAGCCAGUUUGCUUCAUUGCUCAUAACAACCUCGGCUUAUGCUUUUGUUGACAUUUAUAGAGCUGGAGAACUUGCGCUUUGCUCUAUAACUCUUGUCACAGGACUCCUCAUAAUAUUGCGCAGUGCAACGAAAAUCACACACAAAGCACAAGCUGUUACAAGCCUAGCAGCUAAAUGGCACAUUUGUGCGACACUAGACACAUUUGAUGCAACCGAGGGUGAGACGCCAAGGCUUGGUAGUGGCCAAGUCUUUCCGGUUGUGGGCACUGAUGGGGAAUCAGAGGGAGAUGAUGCUGGUGAUGAAGAAGAUGAAUUGGACAAUACUAAGUUGAUUCCAGCAUAUGCGUAUAGUACAAUCUCAUUCCAAAAGAGACAAGCUUUAGUGACAUACUUUGAGAACAAUAGAGCUGGGAUUACUGUGUACGGCUUCACACUUGACCGGAGUACACUGCACUCAAUUUUUGGUGUUGAGUUAGCUCUUGUCCUAUGGUUGCUCGGAAAGACCAUUGUAUUGUUUGAGGAAGAGAGACGAUUGAAAUCCUUUAAUUUUGACAGUGAGAUCUCGACCCGAAUGGUUGCUAACUCCUUGACGUCCAUGAUGAAGCUUCCGUCACCAUCAAGGUCGAUGGUGCGAUUGGGUCCCUUUUCUUGGAUCUCCUUGCUGGCAGUGGAGUUCACUAAACCAGAGAUUGUUGGGAUUGUCUAUUUGAAUGGGCUCUUUGUGCACACCUUUGACCGGAGGAGAUUGAAACAGCCUUUAUACCGUCGCUCAUGUGGGAAUGUUUUCGACACCAAGAAUGGAAAAAAGGUUAAUGGGAGAUUGGAUCGGGAAGAGUUUAUAGAGGAUUUAUGUAGGAGAUUUGGUGAACAAGAAGAAAUAGUUGUGAUAGAGGAAUUUCAUAGGCUAAGGCAAGCUGGAACUCGUGGAGGAGUAUCGGGAAAGGUAUUCAUAGGAGGGUUAAGGGAAGACCUAAGUUUGGCUAUGAAGAGGUUCAAACCCAUAGACCUUCGAGAAACCUUUGAGCAAGCAAAGCUCAAUGAGGCCUUAUGA